AUAAAGAUGGCACAGCACAGGACGAGAGUGGAGGAGGAGAAUAAGGAGGAGGAGGAGGAGGAGGAGGAGGAGGAGGAGGAGGAGGAGGAGGAGGAGGAGGAGGAGGAGGAGGAGGAGGAGGAGGAGGAGAGGAGGAGGAGAAUAAGGAGGAGGAGAAUAAGGAGGAGGAGAAUAAGGAGGAGGAGGAUAAGGAGGAGGAGGAGGAGGAGGAGGAGGAGGAGGAGGAGGAGGAGGAGGAGGAGGAGGAGGAGGAGGAGGAGGAGGAGGAGGAGGAGGAGGAGGAGGAGGAGGAGGAGGAGGAGGGGGGGGGGGGGGGGGGCAAGGGUUGUGGAGGGCAUGUGCACGGCAGUCACCGCCCAGUGAGUGCCUGCCGUGCGUCAUCCCACUGCC